GGCCACAAAUAUGAGUAUAGGGUAAGUCAACAACAUUAUUUGGGUAUGAGUUAACAGAAUAUUCACUUUUAAAAGUGAGAUUUUCACUGGACAGUUACUUUAAUGCAGGAUUAAGUAUGGAUGGAACAAUGGCACACAAUUCACCUGUGACCUACACUCAUAAAACAAAUGAUCAUAUGUCGAUAACAGAUCUGCAGGUGAAUGUCGAAGGGUGACAAAUAGGCCACUUUUCGAAAGCUAUGAAUAUUAGACUAUAUUUCGAGGGAUUUUAUGGGUUGCUUUUAACAUAGAAGGGUAUGAGGGGUGGAGGUGAUAGUUGAAAGUAACCUAAAUAAUUCUGCCAUGUCUCUUUGAAUAAUACUAAGGGUCAGGGCAGGCUAUCAUCAUCACUAAGCCUGUCAUCAAUCAUUAUUAUUAUCAUCAUGAACAACAUAAUCACCAUCCCCAUCAUUACCUCGAUCAAGCCUGAAACUGAUCCGAGCAGCCCACACGACCAUGGACCCGGUAAGAGGCCCCGGGUAAUUUGGAGCUCUGCGGGGAGGGGCACUUCACUUCCCGUAAUUCGAAUGGAUACCGACCGUGAACAUCAGCAGACUCGAGCGAGGGGAGCAGAUCCGACUUGAAUUUUAACCGAUUGACGCCAUAAUAGAGGUAAUCAUGGCGACGAGGGGUCAUUCCUCUUGCUCCUCAAUGAGUAACCACACCAAGGAGAGAGUGACCAUGGCUAAGGUGACCCUGGAGAACUUCUACAGUAACCUGAUAUCCCAGCAUGAGGAAAGAGAGAUGAGGCAACAGAAGCUGGAGAGGGUGAUGGAUGAGGAGGGACUGCCUGAUGAGGAGAAGUGUAUGCGGCGCUCCCAGCAUGCACGUAAGGAGACAGAGUUCCUGAGGCUGAAGAGAACCCGGCUGGGAUUGGAAGACUUUGAGUCCCUCAAGGUGAUUGGUCGAGGAGCUUUUGGAGAGGUGCGUCUGGUCCAGAAGAAGGACACAGGUCAUGUCUAUGCCAUGAAGAUCCUGCGCAAGGCUGACAUGCUGGAGAAGGAACAGGUGGGCCAUAUCCGGGCUGAAAGGGACAUCCUGGUGCAGGCAGACAGUCUUUGGGUGGUCAAGAUGUUCUACAGCUUCCAGGACAAGAUGAACCUCUACCUACUCAUGGAGUUCCUACCUGGAGGUGACAUGAUGACGUUGCUGAUGAAGAAGGAUACUCUGUCAGAGGAGGAGACUCAGUUCUAUGUGGCUGAGACGGUCCUGGCCAUAGACUCGAUACACCAGAUGGGCUUCAUACACAGAGACAUCAAACCUGACAAUGUACUGCUGGACUCCAAGGGCCAUGUGAAGCUAUCAGACUUCGGCUUGUGUACAGGGUUGAAGAAGGCCCAUCGGACAGAGUUCUACAGGAACCUCAACCACAGCGUUUCCAACGACUUCACAUCUCAGUACAUGAACUCCAAGAGGAAAGCAGAGACCUGGAAGAGGAACAGACGACAGCUGGCUUUCUCCACUGUGGGAACUCCAGACUACAUCGCCCCGGAAGUGUUCAUGCAGACCGGAUACAACAAGCUCUGUGAUUGGUGGAGCCUGGGGGUCAUCAUGUACGAGAUGCUGAUUGGCUACCCCCCGUUCUGUUCGGAGACACCCCAGGAGACAUAUAAGAAGGUGAUGAACUGGAAGGAGACUCUGGUUUUCCCUCCGGAAGUCCCCAUCUCAGAGAGGGCCAAGGAACUCAUCCUCAGGUUCUGCUGUGAGGGAGAUCAUCGGAUCGGGGCGACAGGGGUGGAGGAGAUCAAGAGAAACCCAUUCUUUGAGGGAGUCGAUUACGACCACAUCAGGGAGAGACCUGCAGCGAUUCCCGUGGAGAUCAAAAGCAUAGACGACACGUCAAACUUCGACGAGUUCCCCGAGUCGGACAUCCUCUCACCCACAGCAGCACCCACCAAGUCUCCAGCAGCAGCAGCAGCAGCGGAGGCUGACUAUAAAAAUAAGGACUGGGUCUUCAUCAACUACACCUACAAGCGAUUUGAGGGCCUGACAGCCAGGGGAGCCAUCCCUUCCUAUAUGAAGGGAAGCAAGAGAUGAACUCUGACCCUAUAACCUGUGCUGCAGUGACCCACUGAUUCCCAUAUCCCCCGCAGCACCCAGAUACCUUCACACAACGGUUCAGUUUCAUUAUACAAAUAUGUUUUAUAGUGUUUUAGUGUUUUUAAAAAACAAAAUUCAAAUGUUAAGUGUUCUAUUUCCUGCAGGCCUUCUGAACCAGGAUUCUGAGAAAUCUGGUUGAACCAACCCUAACCAGUUCAUUAUACCCUGUGGAUACAUGGUUGUAACCACAGUUUGGCCUUAUGUGACUUGGGGCCCAGUAACCGGGUUUCCAGGAUGUGAAAACCACCAUUAUUCUUUCACUAUCAAUUCAUGUUUGGAUGAAUUAUCUCAGUAAAAUUUUUACAGUGUGUAACAAUCACUCAUCUCAAAUAUGCUUUCUCGCUGUGUAGGAAGAAUGUCCAUUUUUAUCUUCGAAAGCAGGAUAGUAGUUUUGAUUGAAUAGGGCCCAAUGUCUCAGAGCUGAAGCCUGGCUCUAACUUUCCCACCAGCACUGAACUCUGAUGUACAGCCUUAUAGCUGUCCCCUUGUGUCCCUCCAGAACCUUCUCCCCACUCCUCUCCUCGACCUGUCAUACGGUUCAUAGGAAAACGUCUCUACUGUUCUCUAGGAAGCUGACAGGUUCACAGCAGUCUGUCUCACUACCCCUGUGAUGUCAUUAGAUUAGAUCACCGCUUGCCUUGGAGAGAGGAGUUCUAACAAUGCUAUUUUUAGCAUUCUAUUUCUGUGAUUCCUGUGAUGUCAUCAGCCAGAGUGAGUGAGAAUGUUCAACAAAGGACGGAAAAUUCCAUGGUAGUCUAGCUUACUCCUCAAUAAGGGGUUUAUUGAGGAAGCACUUCUCCUUCACUGCCUUUGUUGGUUGUCUCAACUUUUAAUGUGCCCUGUUAUUUCUUUUGUCAUUUUGUUAUGUAUCAUUUUCAUAAUACAGACGUUUUGGAAAAGGUUCAUUCAGAUGCUGUGUUGGAUUGAAGUAGUACUAGUCUUCAGGGAUAUAACUAAUGCUGGUUGUGAGUGUAUGUUGAACUGUCUGAAUGACACUACCUUGAGACGUCAUGUCCAUUUUAUAUGCCUUACCCAAAGAAUUCCAAGAGCUGUACAUUAGUUUGAAAUUGGAAUCUCCCUUUUUGUUUCAUGUUAAAUUGUUUGUAUGCAGGAUGGAAAGCUCUAGACCUUUGCUCACCCGACAGUGCUUGAUUCUUUUUUAUUUUUUACAGCUGCUCUUUCCAAAGCUGGUAUUUAAUGAAAGGCUUCCCAUGUUACGUUUUUUUUCUUCUUCCAUAUAGUAAUUUUAACUCACAAAGGAACCACUGUUUUAUGCACAAUGAUGGGGAUUUAUGGAUUUCACGUACAUUUAAAACUUCAGCAAAUAUGAAAUAUCGAGCUUGAACUUUCACAUAUAUCUGUGUUUAAACACUUUCAGCACUGUUAGUGUGUGUAUUAUGUAAAAAAGGAAAACAAACUUGGCCUCACUUUACACCUUACAUGAGUAACUACAGGAUACGUUUUACUAGAUGAACUACUGCAGUCAGGUAGUAGUAGGCCUAACACUAACCAUUUGUUCUCGCUCUUUUAUUUUUCAAGAGACUAAAAUGGUAUGUGCUAUGUAACUACUUGCACUUAAAUGUAAUUACAUAGAUUAUUCCCACAUAGUAACCCAGUAGUAAUACCUGUGUAAAGUGAUACAUAAUUUUUUUUCUCCCCCAGAUAGACGACUGAAUGACGUUGACAGUUAGUUCUCCUCUCGUUCUGAUUUUCACUCGAGUGCUUUAAGGUCUUUGUACCCGCUGGAGAAGUAAACUCUGAGCAGCUGCUUAGCAUGAUAGAUUCUUACUAGUGUAAUGCUGUUUGAAAAGGUGCACAUGCCAAAUAGGCGGUACAAUAAUUCCCAUUGUCUGCUUAUGUUUUUUAAUAUAGCCUAUAUUUUGUGUCAAUGCUCACACCAAGCUGUUCCUUUUGAACAAGGAAAAAUAUUGAUAUGCAAAUGAGUACAUGUAUAAACCGCAGUCUUUUGUCUGUUGGGUGACACAUAUACUAUGUAUAGAUCUGUGUGUGUGUGUGUGUGUGUGUAUAUCUUAUUGAAUCCUUCUGUAUGAGGUUUGAAUGUUUUCAGCUCAACUAUAUUUCUCAGCAAAGGAGAACACAUGUUCACUAUGAGAAAAAAAAGCUUUAAAUGCUGAGAAUUAUUUCAUCUUUCAAUAAAACAUUUGUACAAUU